GGGAGGGAGUGAAGGCAGUGCUAAUUGUGCUAACAGACCUUUGGCCCCGGCUCGCUCUCUGCGCGCCCAGGAGUGCAGCUCAUAGCGGCUGACACCUGAGAGCUCUGCUGAGGCGCUUCAGUUCAGCUCCGGACAAGGAACACUCGCCUCGCUCGCUCCGCGGCGGAUAUGCGCCGGAAAGGAGGGCACAACUCCAAGCGGCGGGACGUAGACCUCAGUCUCUCUCUCAGCGUCUAACAUUGGCGAAAGAGCGCAGAUCCACCAAAAGGGCUGUUCUCGCGUUAAAUAAGUCAAUCAAACCACUUCAUGGACAGCUCCGGAUGACGGGAGCUCCUCCACUCAGGCGGCGGGUUGCGCUCAGCAUCUAGGGUCUCCGAUGGAGAACACACCGAGGCGGAGGACAGGAGCUCGUCUCCUGGCUGUGCUGCUGUGGACCUUUUGGACGACAGUGGACGGCCAGGAGACUUUUAACGACUUGACGGGUUUCAGCUUGAAUCCGCCGUACUUCAACCUGGCAGAGGGCUCCGGCAUAUCUGCAACAGCAACCUGCGGCCAGGAUGAGGCUGGCGCACCGAGAGUUGAUUUGUUCUGUAAGCUUGUCGGAGGACCUACUCUGGGUCUCCCUACUCAAAAUAUACAGGGUCAGUAUUGUGACCAUUGCAACGCGUUGGAUCCAAACAAAGCCUACCCGGUGACCAAUGCAAUCGAUGGGACAGAGCGGUGGUGGCAGAGCCCACCUCUCUCCAGGGGAUUGGUCUACAAUGAAGUCAACGUUACCCUGGACCUCGGGCAGCUCUUCCAUGUGGCGUAUGUCCUAAUCAAGUUUGCUAAUUCACCUCGUCCUGACCUGUGGGUGCUUGAGCGCUCUAUCGACAAUGGGAGAACAUUCAUCCCCUGGCAGUACUUUGCUCAUUCAAAACGGGAGUGUAUAGAAACGUUCGGAAAGCAGCCCAAUGAACGUAUUUUGAACGACGACGACCAGAUCUGCACCACAGAGUAUUCGCGGAUCAUCCCCUUGGAGAAUGGAGAGAUCGUGGUUUCUCUGAUCAACGGCCGGCCGGGCUCCAAAAACUUCACCUACUCACCGGUGCUCCGUGACUUCACGAAGGCCACGAACAUCCGCCUGCGCUUCCUUCGCACCAACACUCUGCUGGGCCACCUGCUCUCCAAGACCCAGAGGGACCCAACGGUCACGCGCAGGUAUUUUUAUAGUAUCAAAGACAUCAGCGUCGGCGGACGCUGUGUUUGCCACGGGCACGCCCAAGUGUGUGGUGCAGGUCGCAGUCCGGACAACCCAAACAGACUCCAGUGCGAGUGCCAACACAACACCUGCGGCGAGUCAUGUGACCACUGCUGCCCAGGCUUUAACCAGAAGCCGUGGCGUGCUGCGACUGUUGACAGCCCCAACGAGUGUCAGCCCUGCCAGUGCUUCUCUCAUGCCUCCGACUGUUAUUACGACCCAGAGGUUGAAAAGAGGGGAGCAAGUUUGGACACCUUCGGCAGGUACAGUGGAGGAGGAGUGUGCAUCGGCUGCCAGCACAACACUGCAGGAAUAAACUGCGAAAGAUGCAUUGAGGGUUACUACAGACCUCACGGAGUUCCUCCUGAGUCUCCCGCUGGAUGCAUACCUUGUAGCUGUGAUGAAAGGAUCACAGCCGGCUGCGAGAUGGGGUCUGGAAGGUGCAUCUGCAAGCCACAAUUUGCAGGAGAAAACUGCGAUCGCUGCGCUGAUGGACGUUACUACUACCCUGAGUGUAUUCCUUACCCCGUGUACCUGACGACCACCAAAUCACCUGCAGGCCCAAUCAUGGUAACCACUGCCUGCCCCCCGGGCUCUUUCAAUUCUCCCAGAUGUCAGCCGUGCAUAUGUGACCACAGAGGGACGGUGCGCGGCGUAUGCGACGUCUAUGGGCGCUGCCUUUGCCGUCGGGGAGUGGAGGGGGAGCGAUGCGACCGUUGUGGACCUGGAUACCACUCCUUCCCAAGCUGUCAUGCAUGCCGCUGUGGUGGAGCUGGGGUGGCUGAGAGCGUGUGCGGUCCGAGCGGUCAGUGUAACUGCCUCCCCAACUAUCAGGGCAGCGAGUGUGACCAGUGUGCACCAGGUUUCUAUGGCUAUCCAGACUGUGCCGCCUGCAGGUGUUCGCCGCAGGGUUCGUACGGAACUGGAUGCGAUCCAUUAUCGGGUCAAUGCCUCUGUUUGCUUGGUGUGGUGGGCCAGCAGUGUGAUCGCUGUGCAUCUGGACUAAGGUUUCCUCAGUGCUCAGGCGCUAUCAGUGCUUGCCACCCAGAUGGAACGGAAGUGUCCAGUUCUCAAACAGGCGUCUGCCGCUGCCGAGCCAAUGUAGAGGGAACGCUGUGCGACAGGUGUAAACCUCUCUACUGGAAUCUGGCUGCAGACAACCCUGGUGGAUGCACAGAAUGUCAGUGUGAUCUGAAAGGGACGCUGAGCGGUGUUGGAGAAUGUGAGCAGAGAAGUGGACAGUGUCACUGUAAGCCAAAUGUCUGCGACCAUGCAUGCGGGUCUUGCAAAGAGGGAUUCUUCUUGCUUCAAAAAAAGACUUAUUUUGGCUGUCAAGCUUGUCAGUGUGAUUUAGGAGGUGCUGUGGGCAUGGCAUGUGACGGGACGUCUGGACAGUGUCAAUGCCGGAAGAAUGUAAUUGGCCGUACAUGCACAGAGCCUGCACCUGGUUACUUCUUCCCGUCUCUGCACCAGCUGAAGUUUGAGGUGGAGGAUGGCACAACACCAAAUGCUCGACCAGUCCGCUUCGGCUUCAACCCCACCGAUUUCCCAGAAUUCAGCUGGAGAGGUUAUGCUAUAAUGUCACCUGCACAGCCGGAGGUGAUUCUAAUGCUUAGCCUUGGCUUUCCUGGACCCUUCCACAUUAUAAUGUGCUACUCCACUCGCUCAAAAAAGCGGGGUGUCCGAGUGAAAGCCCGGAUCUUGGUGGUGGAAGAAGCUGACUCUGAGUCUUGCUGUGACUGGGAAGGUCAGAGUAAGGAAGUGAUAUUUCCUCCGACUUCAUCCCCGUCCUUUGUCACCGUCCCAGGAGAGGGCUUCACUGAGCCAUUUGCAUUAAAUCCUGGAAAAUGGAUGAUUCAUAUAAGGGCUGAGGGGGUUCUCCUGGACUAUUUAGUUCUUGUGCCUCGGGAUUACUACGAGGCGUCGCUGCUGCAGGAAGAGGUCACCCAGCCGUGCACGUACCUACACACUGCUAACAAGGAUGCAAACUGUCUCUUGUACAAGCACAUCACCAUGGAUGGUUUCAGCUCGGUGCUCGCCACACAGGGCAGGUUGUCCACUCGGAGUGGACGGAGGAAGAGGAGGCAGGCCCGCGUGCGGCGUCCGACUCCGGAUCACCCGGACUUGGCAGCUCUCAACGGGAGACAGUCCCGCCUGGAGCUCAGUCUUCGUGUGCCUCAGUCGGACCUGUACGCCCUCGUCCUGGAGUACGCCAGUGAGGUGGACGCUGUCCAGAAUGUCAACAUACUCAUCGGUGGCCAAUCAGGGAGCCAGAUCGUGGCAAGGGCCAAUAUUUACAGUUGCGUUUUCAGCACUUUGUGCCGGAGUGUGGCGGUGGACAGCAGGAAUCAAGUGGCCGUGCUGCAGCUGUCCCACAGGACGGAGAUCCUUCUGCAAACUUCCACGACAUCAUUCCUUCUGUACAAGUUGUAUGCGGUGCCUGCUGAAGAGUUCUCUAUGGAGUAUGUGGAGCCCAAGGUGUUGUGUGUCUCCAAUCAUGGUCGCUUCACUCAGGACAGUCGGCACUGUGUAGUAAGGCGGUUUGACAAGCCGUCCCCGGCCUGGAUUCUGUACGCGGCCCGCGACGGAGAGCUGUCGGCCGUACCAGCAGCUCCUCUCCAACAGGGCAAGAAUCUGGACUGGAGGCAGAGAAGACAGUCCAGCCUGUUCUCUGUCCAUGAGCCUCAGAGCGAUGGGACAGUACUCAAAUUCCCUCAGACUGAGAUCAGGUUUACUCCAGCGGUUCCUCUCCCUGGCCGCUAUGUUAUUGUGGUGCAUUAUCAUCAGCCUGAACACAUCUCCUUCCCGGUGGAAGUGCGAGUAAAUGCCGGGCACAUGUGGCAGGGUGAGAUAAAUGCCACCUUCUGCCCGGCGGUGUCAGGUUGCAGGGAGGUUGUUGUCGCCGACGGCCGCAUUGCUCUCGACUUUUACAGGGAUUCUGUGCAGCCACCCAGCAUCUCUGUCAUCGCGCCACGUGGGAAGACCCUUAUUUUGAAUUAUAUCUUGCUGGUUCCUGAUAGCAGUUACACCCCAGAGCUCCUGCAAGAGAGGCCACUGGAUAAGUCUGCAGAUUUCCUAAAACAAUGCACAAGAGAAGGCUUCUAUAUAGAACCCAGAGCCUCAUCCCAGUUUUGUAGAGACUCUGCCCGCGCUCUCGUGGCAGCUUACAACGACGGAGCGCUGCUUUGCGACUGUGAUCAGUCUGGCUCCACCGGGCCGGCAUGUGAUCCCGUUGGAGGACAGUGUCCAUGCAGGCCUCACGUCAUCGGGCGGCGGUGCAACAGAUGUGCCACAGGAUACUACGGAUUUCCCUACUGCAAACCAUGUGAAUGCGGACGGCGACUGUGUGAUGAAGUGACCGGACGCUGCAUCUGUCCUCCUCAGACAGUCAAACCAACCUGUGAUGUGUGCCUGCAUCAGACUUUCAGCUACCACCCUUUGCUGGGCUGUGAGAACUGUGGGUGCUCUCCAAGCGGGGUGAACGUAAACGCAGGGCUUCAGUGUGACACUGUUACCGGACAGUGCAGCUGCAAACCUCGCAUCGGAGGCCGGCAGUGUGAUCGCUGCGCUCCGGGCUAUUACCGCUUUCCCGACUGUCUGCCGUGCGACUGCAGCCAGGGGGGAGUCACGUCUGAAGUCUGCCAUCCCGACACAGGCAGGUGCCUCUGCAAGAGAAACGUCGUAGGUGUCAGGUGUGAUACUUGUCGCGAAGGGUCCUUCUACUUUGACCCCUUGAACCUCCUCGGCUGCUCCAGCUGCUUCUGCUUCGGAGCCACUGAUCGGUGUCAGAGCUCCAACAAACGGCGAGGAAAGUUUGUGGAGAUGCGUGGCUGGCGUCUGGAAAGCCCCGACCGGGAGGAGGUUCCUUCAGUGCUGAACACGGCCAGCAACACGGCAGUGGCAGACAUCCAGGAGCUUCCUCCGACGGCUCAGACUCUACACUGGGUGGCGCCACAGUCCUACCUGGGAGACAGGGUUUCGUCUUAUGGCGGCUUCCUCACCUACCAGUCCAAAUCCUUUGGGAUCCCGAGUGAGGGCAUGACUCUUAUUGACAGACAACCAGACGUUGUGCUGACCGGUCAGGAUAUGAGCCUGAUCCACGUGGCGUCACAGCCUCCCCUUCCAGACAGGCUGCACCAGGGCAGAGUCCAACUCUUGGAGGGAAGCUGGCGGCACGCUGGCACCAACAGGCCCGUGUCCAGGCAGGAGCUCAUGAUGGUCUUAGCGGGUCUGGUGGGCCUGCGGAUCCGAGCCCUGUACUUCACCCAGAGCCAACGACUCAGCUUGGGGGAGGUGGGCCUGGAGGAGGCGACAGACUCGGGGACAGGAGGUCCAGCAAAUACUGUGGAAGUCUGCUCCUGCCCCUCUCAGUACAACGGAGACUCCUGUGAGAAAUGUGCUCCUGGAUUCUACAGACAGGGCAGCAAUCUGUUCUUUGGCCGUUGUGUGCCCUGUGAGUGCAAUGGUUUGGCUGACGAAUGUGAAGAUGGGACAGGGAGGUGUCUGAACUGUAAGGACAACACAGCUGGGGACCGAUGCGAGCGUUGCAGAGAAGGUUAUUACGGCAGCGCGGCACAGGGGACGUGCCGGCUGUGCCCGUGCCCAUUCACUGUGCCCUCUAGCAGUUUUGCUGUAAGCUGCGGAGACGUGUCUGGAGACAUCCAGUGUGUCUGCAAACCGGGCUACACCGGAGUCAGGUGUGAAAGCUGUGCACCUGGUUACUACGGUGAUCCGCUGAUCCCAGGAAGAAGUUGCCAGCCAUGCAAUUGCAACGGAAACGGAAACAGCUGCGAUCCCAAGACUGGAGUCUGCAAGAACUCUCUUGAGCCAGGAGACACAAACACAGAUGAGCGCUGUCAAGAAUGUGACAAUUGUGCUCAAACUUUACUAAAUGACUUGGAAAAGCUCGAUUCUGAGCUGGCAAGGAUCAAGGCUCAGCUAGACAACGCUUCUGUCAGCGGAGCUUUAAAGGAAAGACUCGACAAGCUUGAAAAGGCUGUCUCCGACACUAAGAUUCUUGUAAACAAAUUCAGCUCUGCCAUUAACACGCAAAAGUCCAAAGUGGACGGGCUGGAGGAAGACACCGACAACCUUGCAGAUGAUAUUAAAUCCCUGAAAGACAAGGCUGAUAAGAAUGCUGGUGAAGCUGACAAAGCAGUGGACAAUGUUGAAAAAAGCUACAAAAGGGCAAAAGAACUGGAAACAGAGAUUGAAAAAUUGCUGAAAAAGAUUCUAGAUUUACUCAGUCAGAUCAAGAAUGACGGCAGAGGGGAUUCAUUGCCUGCCAAUAGUUUGACUGAAAUGCUGGAGAAGGCUCAGCUCAUGGUGACAGAGAUGAAGAACAGGAACUUCACCUCUCAGAAGACAGCUGCUGAGAAAGAAAGAGAUGAGGCGAUUAAAUUGCUCGACUACAUCAAGACUAACUUUAGCAAGCAGUGCGACCAGAACGAGGCUGCAGCGGAGAAGAUCCGGAGCCAAAUGAAGGACUACAAUGCCAAGCUGAAAGAGUUGGAGAAAGCUUUGGAGAAAGCAAGAGACCUGGUGAAAAAAGCGAACACCCAAAACGGUCUGAAUGAUCAGACUCUGAACAUCCUGAAGAAAAGGGUUGAGGACCUAGAAAAGGAGCAGAAAACGGUUAAGAACCAGAUAGCUAUGGCUGAGGACGAGCUGAAGAAGACCGAGGAUUCGGUCAAAAUGCUCUUGGACGGCAAGACGGACUUUGAGCAGCUGGCUGCACAGCUGGAUGAUGCCAAGACUGAUUUGACCACAAAGGUGAACGAACUCACCAAGGCGGUAGCAAAGAAGGACCUUGUGGAAGAUGCUGAGGAGCAUGCAAAGAAUCUAACCAAGCUUGCUAAAGAACUUGAGGAGGCUGUGAAGAAUGCAAGCGGACGUUCUGAGGUGCGUGAUGCGAAGGAUGCUAUGGAGGCCUAUGAGAACAUUACACGUGCCAUUAAUGCUGCUGAGGCGGCCGCUAAAGAGGCCCAGGAUGCUGCAGACAGCGCCCUGGAUAACAUAAACAAUGAGAAACUCACAGAUAAAGCCAAAGACCUGAAGAAGAAGAGCAAUGAGCUGCUGAAGCAGGCCAAGGAUUCAGAAACAGAACUCCAGGGCAGUUCCGCUGACCUUGAUGACUUGAAGAAUCGUUUGGCCAAAGCAAAAGAAAAGAAAAACAAUCUUGAGAAAGACCUCCUUGACUUUCAGAGGGAAUUAGGUGACAUUAAUAGAGACGAGAUUGGGAAUGUGAUUGACGAGGCCAAGAAGAAAGCAGCUUCAGCCAAUAACACAGCUGCCAACACUAUGGAAAAACUCAAUAAGAUUAGGAAGGAGAUCGGUAAGAUCAGCGUGACUCCUGUUAACGCCAACCUGAGCAACACCCUCAAAGAUGUGGACGCCACUGUAAAGGAUUUGCUGAACACAAUACCAUCUCUGAACGACAAGAUCUCCGAGGUCGAAAACCUGACCUCUGAGUUCUCAAGUACCAGAAACAUAUCUGAGAACAUAAAGAAGAUCAAAGAGCUCAUUGAGCUAGCCAGAGAUGCAGCUAACAAGAUUGUGGUCCCCAUGAGUUUUACCGGGGAGGGUCAUGUAGAGCUGCGCCCGCCAAAGGAUCUGGAUGACCUGAAAGCCUACACCACCAUGUCUCUGUCGCUGCAGAGGCCCAAGAACAGAGGAGACGGAAGACGCAGGCGCAGACAGGUGGCAGACAGUGGAGACGUGUUUGUGUUGUACCUUGGCCACAGAGAUUCUUCUAAGAAUUACAUAGGCAUGGUGCUGAAGAAAAACCGCUUGUACGGGCUGUACAAGCUGAACGGGCAAGAGUACGAGAUCGAAUCUGGUUCAAUUUCCACCUCUGCCGACAACCCGGCCAUAUUUGAUAAAGUGGACCUGCGCAGAAUGUACCAAGACGCAGAGCUGAAUCUGACUAGUGACGUAACCUCUGGAAAAUCCAGUGAGCCUUUUCAGAAGACCAAACAAGGAAUGGAGAGCAAGAACCUCCUUGACCUCAGUCCUGAUGACGUUGUCUUCUACGUUGGAGGCUAUCCCUCCAACUUCACACCGCCUCCCUCCAUGAGAUUCCCAAAGUACACGGGCUGCAUCGAGUUCAACUCGUUCAACACCAAAGCUGUGAGUCUCUACAAUUUCCAAAAAGCAGAAAAGAUCAAUGCCAAGACUCCCUGCAAGAGGUUGUCAGCUGCAAAAGACUCAGACUACUAUGAAGGCAGUGGAUAUAGCAGGGUGCUGUUAGAACAAACACUGAGCAAUUUUGAAAUACAGGUCUUCACUCGGUCUGAAAAUGCUCUACUCUUCUACAUAGGAGAUGAGGACAAUUACCUAAUGGUGACUAUAGAGAAUGGUGUCCUAGUUAUGAGAAAUGGCCGGAACCCAGAACCGGAACCCGGAAAACAGUUCCGAACGGACAAUUGGUUCACAUUUAGGAUAUUUAUAAGAGAGUCUGUCAUAUUUGUGCCUUUGUCUGGGGAUAGACUUGAGACCACAAACGAAGGAUACAAUUUCGACACUUAUAAAGAUUUGUACAUUGGCGGUUUACCGCGAGAACUGAGGGAAAGAUGGAACAUCACCACACAGCCAUUUAAGGGAUGUUCAAAAACUCUAAAAAUAAACAACAAUUUUAAAGUUCCUGAUGAACAAGUGGGAAUCAGCAAACGCUGCAAGGAGGAUUCACUGGGUUUAUUCAAAGGACAGUUCAGCUUGGGGAGCUACCUCAAAGGAGACCUCCAGGGCUUCAGUCUGGACAACGAUGUAUCCUUGUCCCUCGGAUUCAAGAGCACCGAGACUCAGGGCAUUAUCUUGCAGAACAAACAACAGGCAAACCAUAUCAACCUUGCAAUGGAAGACGGCCAUUUAAUUCUGCACUUCAACAACAAGAGGUGGAAAUCAAACAAGACGUACAACGAUGGGAAUUGGCACUAUGUUACUGCCACCAAAAGAGAUGGAAGAAUUACGCUGCAGGUCGAUGAUGAAGACAGCGGUAAAGAAGAAAGUGGCACCGCACCUGUCAUACCUAACACAGAUGGGUCUGUGAGGCUUGGAAAUGAGAAUUUCAAAGGCUGCAUUUCCAACUUCUACACUAGACGGCCAGACAACCUGUACAAGCCUGAGGACUUAAGCAGUUUCCAGAAAACUGGAAAUGUCCUGAUAGAUAUGUGCACUGCCAGCAAUCCUCCUCAACUGAUAACGGACAGCAUGGCUAAAAAGGACAACGUGAAGCAAAUGAUAAAUGAAAGUUCAUCAACCUGUAAAUUCCCGGCCAAGCUUCAACAUGCAUAUCGCAUGGGGGGGCCUGGAAGCAGCCUGAGCUACAGCUUACCAUUACAGGUCUUGCAGCCCAGGCCCCACUUCUCCCUGGAUGUCAGGACUCGGUCUCCUGAAGGCCUGCUGUUUUUCGCAGCCACCAGAGGAGGGCACUCUCACCUGGCGCUGUACAUGUCUAAGGGCCGGAUCAGACUGUCUGUGGGCAAACAGAAGGAGAUCUUCAACAGAGAGAAGUACAAUGAUGGAAAGUGGCAUUCGGUCAUAUUCAGUUUGGAAAAGAAGAAAUUCCGGUUGGUUGUCGAUGGGAUCAGGGCUCAGGAUGGCCAGCUGACAAAUGCUGAGUUGAAGUCCAUGCAGAACUUCCUCCUGCCUGUGUACCUGGGCAGCGCACCAGAAUCCCUUCAGAAAGAGUUAAAGUCAAAGGCUCUGCCAAAGCAAAGUGUGUCCGGCUGUGUGCGCAAUUUUAAGAUGAAUGGAGCACCGAUGUCAAACCCAUCAGCAAACCAUGGUGCAGGACCCUGCUUUGAGGGACCGACACACAGAGGGGCGUAUUUCGCAGGAAAUGGGUCCUAUGUCAUUAUAAAUGACUCCUUUGUCUUCGGUUCUGACCUGGAGCUGCUGUUUAACAUACAUCCCCGGAGUCAGACCGGGCUCCUGCUUUAUGUCGGUGAUUCCACCAGAAGCACUCAUGGAAACACAAUGGGCCACUUUUUUAGCAUCUACAUGCUCAGAGGAGAGGUGGUUGCACAUGUGAACAAUGGAAGAGGAGAGUACAUGACGUCAGUGAAGCCCAAAACGUCUUUAUGUGAUGGGAAUUUUCAUAAAAUCUCAGUAAUCAAGAGAAAAAAUGUUGUACAACUAUCUGUGGACACAACGGACAACUACAAGAUAGGCCCACCAUCUCCUACCUUGCCUUUUACCAAAGACCCUGUUUAUGUCGGUGGCAUUCCUGAGACAUUGAUGCAACAGAUGCUUCCUGUCAAAUCCUCCUUUGUGGGAUGUAUCCAGGACAUGAAGAUCAACAAUGUAUCAGUCUCCUUUCACAGGUCGUCAGGCGUGUUUGGCCCCAUCAACCUCAAGGAGUGUCCGGGCUAAGCGGUUACACCUCACCAUGUUAAGACUGAAAAAACCUUGGGACCAUGUCCUUCACUAAAUAUGUGCAAUCUGUUAAAAGACAAAGAAUGUGCCUGUGUUUCAGAAUGUGUGGUGUGUCUGAAUGAAUGUGGGCUGGGUGGAGGGCGAGCAUCGGCUUACAGCUAACAGGCUCCUCUCUCAUACAUUUCUGUAUUUAUUUUGUGUUAAAAUCAUGGCACCAACUCUUGGACACAUUUCUAAUUGCAACAGAACCAGACGUGUGUCUCAUGAUCUUUUGUCAACAACCAAAUGCUACUGAAUAGACUGGUGAUUUGAUUGAUCAGGAGAAUACACUAUGAAGAACCCAGCACUUUAAGAAAACAAAUGUUGCCUUCUCAGAUGGUGCUGCAAAUGCGAUCAAGAUUACCAGCUUUGUUGCUUGAAUUGUUUUGUUUUCUGUUUUGUUUUUCUGUUGGACUCCAAAUUUGAUUCUAGAAUUAUCAUGUUUACACCUCCGGUGCUUAAGUCAUUGCUGUUUCAGGGGUUUCCAAGCUAUGAUCUAUUUAUUUCCACCUGCCUGCGUGUAGAGUUCUGCUUUGUAACUGGUUUGAAACACAUGUACGCCUCACGUUUGAUCUGAGUAUCCUUCCCAUUUUGCAUUCCUUCUGCAUGAAAAAUAUUAUGUUCUCUGUGCCUUCUGUUCACAUCAUAACAAAACGUGAAUUUUAUUUUCUAUUUAUUCUAUUUUUUCCUGUUAAUUAACCUGUACCUUAUGCCAUUGGCAUAGGUUUCACAUUUGUGGCCAGUCAUGAAUCGGGACCAUUACCAAAGACCUGAAAGCUAUUCAGCACAGAACUAAUUGUAUUAAAGAUGCUAAAAUUUCCCAGAAAGUGUUUACUUUUUUUUUUUUUAGUUUCAUAUCCACAAUUAUUAAGAAAUGUGAUAUAAAAUGCAGCAUAAUUGGACACAUUUGGACAUGCAUUCCUGCCUUAUGAUGACCGAUUUGUAAACCCGUUCCAUCAUUGUUGUUUUUAGUUCAUGUGACAAUAAAAGAUGAUUUGAUUUGUGUUUUAA